CUUCACUACACCCACGGCUGUCACCUUGUAAGACUUUCCAACUUCACAGUAGUUCACACACGAAGAUGUCCCCCAAACAAUGCAGAAGGAAAUAGACUGAAAAAGGGGGCUCGAACCCUGGUCUCCAUCCGCACCCUACACACUCCAUCCGCACAUUUCUGGUUCAGCCAGCCCGUAUGGUCUGCUGGUGCCUCGGACGCUGUCCGAGCCCCGCCCCACGGGUUCGCACGUGGCCCCCGCCUGACCCAGCGCCUGGGGGCGGAGUAGGGCGGGGCGGGCGGCAAACGCAGCACUUUCACGGCUUGGACAAGCCUGCAGCGGCCGGGCCGAAUGCUGAGCCCGGCCGAGACUGCGCCAUGCAGGAAGCGCCAGCCGCGCUGCCCACGGAGCCAGGCCCCAGCCCCGUACCUGCCUUCCUUGGCAAGCUAUGGGCGCUGGUGGGCGACCCAGGCACCGACCACCUGAUCCGCUGGAGCCCGAGCGGGACCAGCUUCCUCGUAAGCGAUCAGAGCCGCUUCGCCAAAGAAGUUCUGCCCCAGUAUUUCAAGCACAGCAACAUGGCAAGCUUUGUCCGUCAACUCAACAUGUAUGGUUUUCGGAAGGUGGUAAGCAUCGAGCAGGGUGGCCUUCUCAGGCCAGAGCGUGACCACGUCGAGUUCCAGCACCCGAGCUUCGUGCGCGGCCAAGAGCAGCUACUGGAGAGAGUGCGGCGCAAGGUGCCCGCGCUGCGCGGUGACGACGGUCGCUGGCGGCCGGAAGACCUGGGACGGCUGCUGGGCGAGGUGCAGGCUUUGCGGGGAGUGCAGGAGAGCACCGAGGCGCGGCUGCAGGAGCUCAGGCAGCAGAAUGAGAUCUUAUGGCGAGAGCUGGUGACACUGAGGCAGAGCCAUGGUCAGCAGCACCAGAUCAUCGGCAAGCUGAUCCAGUGCCUCUUUGGGCCACUUCAGGCAGGGGCCAGCAGUGCAGGAACAAAGAGAAAGCUGUCCCUGAUGCUGGAUGAAGGGAGCUUAUGUCCAACACCUGCCAAAUUCAACACCUGUCCCCUUCCUGGUGCCCUCCUGCAGGACCCUUUCUUUAUCCAGUCGCCCCUCCCCGAGACUUCCUUGGGCCUUAGCCCUCACAGGGCCAGGGGCCCCAUCAUCUCUGACAUCCCAGAAGACUCUCCAUCCCCCGAAGGGCCCAGAACUUCUCCUUCUGGUGGUAGCAGGAGGGAGAAGGGCCUGGCACUGCUCAAAGAAGAGCCGGCCAGUCCAGGGGGGGAUGGCGAGGCCGGGCUGGCCCUGGCCCCAAACGAGUGUGACUUCUGCGUGACAGACCCCCCACCGCUGCCUGUGGCUGUGGUGAAGGCCAUCCUGGAAGGGAAAGGGAGCUUCAGCCCUGAGGGCCCCAGGAGUGCCCAACAGCCUGAACCAAGGGGCCCCAGGGAGGUACCUGACAGGGGGCCUUUGGACCUGGAGCAGGGGAACCGAAGCCCAGAAAGUCAGCUACCUCCAAUGCUGCUUCGGCCUCCCCCUGAGGGGAUAGAGCCCGCAGUGUCCAUGGAUGCACUGGGCUCCAGCCUCCAAGGACGAGAGUGGUCCCUCUUGGACUUGGACAUGGCGCUGUCCCUGGUGCAGCCCUUGGUUCCAGAGAGGAGUGAGGCUGAGCUUGGGGUCAAAGGGCUGAAUUCUCCAAGUCCAGGAAAAGACCCCACACUUGGGACUCCACUCCUGUUGGAUGUCCAGGCAGAUUUGGGAGGCCCAGCCCUUGCUGUGCCAGGGGCUUUAGCCAUUUACAGCACCCCUGAGAGCUGGGCCUCCUACCUGGGCCCAGGGGCCAGUCCCUCCCCUUGAGACCCACACACCUCUGAAGCACUCUGCCUGAGGAACCCUUCUGUGACAGCAUACCCAUUUUGGCUUCCUGGUGCCCCCUGGGGGGGUGAGCGAAGCCCCCUCUUCUGGUAGCCUCUCUCCUUCACCCUAUACAUAAACUGCAUUUUUUUCCUGUU